AAGCUUGGAAGUGGAACAUUACCUGUCAAGCCUGAAGAUCCUUUGCAAGGGUGUAUUGAAAUACCUGAGCAGUGUUUUCUCAAUGAUAAUGAAUCUAUUGUGGAAAAGAUUUUUGGUGGUGCAGAAGAAGCUGAUUAUGCAAAACGUGCUAUUUUAACACCAACAAAUGUUGAUUCAUUGGCAAUAAAUGAAGAAGUCCUUCAUCGAUUACCGGGUGAUGUUAAAACUUAUUUAAGUUCAGAUAGCAUUGAAACUGAUGAUCAUAAUGAAAUUUAUAAUUUUCCAGUUGAGUUUUUAAAUACUUUGACUCCAUCAGGUAUGCCUGUUCAUUGCCUAAAGUUGAAAAUUGGUGCUGUUAUAAUGCUACUUAGAAAUUUAGAUCUCAAAGGUGGACUUUGUAAUGGAACACGUUUGAUGGUGCGUGCACUACACAACAAUUACAUUGAUGGUGAGGUUCUAACAGGUGUAUCAGCUGGUAACAGGGUAUUUGUUCCUCGAGUUCAAUUAGCUCCAUCAGAUUCAAAUUUACCUUUUACACUUAAACGUCGUCAAUUUCCAGUUAGGUUAGCAUACUCAAUGACCAUAAAUAAAAGUCAAGGUCAAACAUUUGAUAAAGUUGGUGUUUAUCUCAAAAAGCCUUGCUUUUCACACGGCCAAUUAUAUGUUGCAUGUUCAAGAACAAAAUCUUUUAAUAGUUUGUUUUUUAAAGUUGAUAAACAUGCAUUACAAGGUAUGUCAUUUAACAAAUAUUACACAAAUAAUGUUGUGUUUACAAAUGUUCUUAAUUUAUAAUUUUGACAAGUUUGU